AAAUAAUUUUAUGUUAUGGUAUUGGUUUGAUCAAGUUUGAUAUGAUUAUAUAAAAUCAGCUUAAGUAUAAAAGAUUUUAUUUUAACAAUGUUGCUAUUCACAAUAAUUCAAAUGCACAAGUGCUGCCCUCGUCAGCCGACUUCGUAAACUAAAAAAUCGACGUCAAACAAACAUGUCAGUCACAUAAUGGCGGAGGUUGUGUUAUUUUUUGUGAAAAGUUAAUGCCCAUUAUAAUGUAUUUGAAUAAUUAACUGAGCGACAGCAUGCUCUCUCGGUAGUUAAUAAAAAUCGUAUCAAUAGACAAAAUAAACAUAAGCGUUAAGUGAUAAAAGUAAAGUGGCCAUAAGUAUGGAAGUAACGAACAUUGCGUCGGAAGUGUUAUUGAAUUAGCUCACAAAGUAGGAGUGCGGUGCAGGGCGGCGCCGGUUAGCUGCCAGCAUGGGGGCGCAGCAGGCGAAGGAGCGCGGCACAGCCAGUGGCGCGUCCAUGCGGUCGGCCAGGAGCAAGCCGCGCGUGCCUAAGGACCCCCGCAUGCUCGGCUCGAACAUUUUUACUGAACAUAGCGAAGCAUUAUUGCAAAGCCGGCCAUUGCCUCAUAUCCCGGACCUACCCGACGGGGAUCCCGGCCCGGGCACGCCGCAACCGCUCGAUUCUGCCAACAGAUGGACAUCGAAGGAGAACCUGCUGGCGCACCACGAGGAGGACGACCCGCAGCUGUUCGUGGCGCUGUACGACUUCCAGGCGGGCGGCGAGAACCAGCUCAGUCUCAAGAAAGGCGAGCAGGUGCGCAUCAAGAGCUACAACAAGAGCGGCGAGUGGUGCGAGGCGCACACGCUGGGCGGCGGCGUGCGCGAGUCGGAGUCCAGUCCCGGCCAACGAAGUAUCUCGCUACGGUAUGAGGGCCGAGUCUACCACUACCGCAUCAACGAGGACUCGGACGGAAAGGUGUACGUGACGUCAGAGUCCAAGUUCGGCACGCUGGCGGAGCUGGUGCACCACCACUCCGUGGUGGGCGACGGACUCAUCACGCAGCUGCUGUAUCCCGCGCCCAAGCGGAACAAGCCGACCGUGUUUCCGCUGGCGCCGCCCGACCACUGGGAGAUCGACCGCACCGACAUCGUAAUGAAGCACAAGCUGGGCGGCGGCCAGUACGGCGACGUGUACGAGGCUGCCUGGAAGCGUGGGAACAUCACCGUGGCGGUAAAGACGCUAAAGGACGACACGAUGGCGCUGAAGGACUUCCUGGAGGAGGCAGCCAUCAUGAAGGAGAUGCGGCACCCGAACCUGGUGCAGCUGCUGGGCGUGUGCACGCGCGAGCCGCCGUUCUACAUCAUCACGGAGUUCAUGUCGCGCGGCAACCUGCUCGACUACCUGCGCACCGGCAGCCGCGACUGCGUGCCCGGCGCCGUCGUGCUCAUGUACAUGGCCACGCAGAUCGCGUCCGGCAUGAGCUACCUCGAGAGCCGCUCCUUUAUACACAGGGACCUGGCGGCGCGCAACUGCCUGGUGGGCGAGAACCACCUCGUGAAGGUGGCGGACUUCGGGCUGGCGCGGCUCAUGCGCGACGACACGUACACCGCGCACGCCGGCGCCAAGUUCCCCAUCAAGUGGACGGCGCCCGAGGGGCUCGCCUACAACACCUUCAGCACCAAGUCCGACGUCUGGGCCUUCGGCAUCUUGCUCUGGGAGAUCGCCACCUACGGCAUGUCGCCCUACCCCGGCGUCGACCUCGCCGACGUCUACCACAUGCUCGAGAAGGGCUACCGCAUGGAGUGCCCGCCGGGCUGCCCGGGCGCCGUGUACGAGCUCAUGCGCGGCUGCUGGCAAUGGAGCCCGGCCGACCGACCCACCUUCCGCGACAUCCACCACGCGCUCGAGCACAUGUUCCAGGACAACUCCAUCACCGAGGAGGUAGAGAAGCAGCUGCAGGAGGGCGGCGCCGCGUGCCCGGCCGGCACGCCGCAGAUGUCGUUGAAGAAGGCGGGCGCUGGGGGCGCGGGGGGCGCGGGCGAGGGGCGCGCCGUACAGAUGCGCCGCCCCACUAACCGCCGUGGCAAGCAGGCGCCCACGCCGCCCAAACGCACCAGCUUGCUGUCGUCGUGCAGCUCGUUCCGCGAGUCUCAGUACGCGGCGGACGACGCGGCGCCCGAGGACCCCCUGGCGCCGCUCAACGGCGGGGGCGCGAGUGGGGGCGCGUGCGGGGCGCGGGGGCGCGAGGCGUCGUCGGAGGGCUCGCUGGCGGAGGGCACGCCCGACACGGACGAGUCCGGCGGCGAGCCCCGGCACCGCAACAAGCGCCGCCACCACGCGCCGCACGAGCAGGCGCAGCCCAAGGGAGUCCAGGUAGCAGCCCUCGAAGUACAGAACGUAAAGCGUGCCAUCAAUCGCUACGGCACGCUACCCAAGGGCGCGCGCAUCGGCGCCUACCUGGAGUCCAUGCGCCAGUCCGUGGGCGGGGGCGCGGCCGCGGGCGGCGGCGGCGCGAGCGCGGCGCGUGACGAGGCGCGCUCACUAUCGCCGCGCACUGCGCGUGCGCAGCCGCACAUGAUCCGUUCCAACUCGUCGGGCGGCGUGACGGCUCCAGCGCCCGCGUCUCCGCGCGCGCCCCGCGCUGCGCCCCCGCUGCGCUCGUUCGCGGACAGUCCCGGCAAGCCGCGGCCGCGACUGGCGGAGCUGGAGUUCCCGCCGCCACCGGCCGACCUGCCGCCGCCGGCCGAGGAGCCGCAGCCGCCGCCGCCGCCGCCGCCGCCCGACUGCUGCCGCGACGCCGGCACCGACACCAGCGACCGCGGGCACGACGCGCUGCCGCUACCGCCGCCGCUCGCCGCCGACCGCGACGACGACAAGCUCACCAAGAAGAAUAUGAAGGAGAUGCUCGAACUAAAGCUGGUCGCGGAAAUCAAGGAGCGCGCGGACAAGAAGAAACACCGGCAGAAGGAAUCGCCGCCACCGGACGAGCUGGUCGAUAUGCACACUUCGUUCGGCGACCCUGUGACACGGCUCGUGUCCGAACUGUCAGAAAGUCUUAACAUGGACGCCUUGCGCCGUGAUCGCAAGCCUGAGACCGCUAAUGCCGUCUCUCGGCAUCAGGACGACGCCAAAGAAACUGUCUCACCGAUAGAUCUCAAAGCCAGUCUCAGAAAAACUGCGUAUAAUAACAGUGUCGAUCAGAAGAAUACUGAAAUUAAAAAUAGUACUGAUUUCAAAGCUCAACUCAAAAAAGUUGAGACAAAUAAAAAGAAUUUGCCCGCAUCCAAAGAUGUGGAGGAAUCUGGACGCGCAAUCAUUGAUUUUAAAUCUCGGCUGCGGAAAGUAGAGAGUAGCACGCCUGCUACCAACGGUACUAGCAAGAAACCAGAGCGGUCGCCGGAGGAUCAACGCGACGAGGAGCGCAAGCGUACUGAGAGCGGCUCCCUCGAGACCAGCGGCGGCGACGACGACGACAAGCGCCGCAGCACCGGCAGCAUUAGUAGCCUCAAGAAGCUGUGGGAGAGUAAAGAGACCGACGAACGACUUAGUCCUAAGGCGCGCUCGCGGACUGACGAACCCGACGUCUCGCCCGAGGAGCGCGGCGCGGCUGGGGGCGCGGGGGUGGGCGUGGCGCGGGCCGGCUCGGUGGCGCGGCGCCGUGACGACAAGCCCGCCGUGCCGAGCAAGCCGCCCGUCAAAGGCAAGCCCUCCAAGCAGGGCAUCUACGCCACGCCGCUUCAGCCCGCGCCCGACGACGCGGACGACGCCGACCUGUUGGCCGCGCUGCGCAACACUCUCGACUGGUGCACUAAUGAGGUGCGCCGCGGCGGCGGGCGCGGGUCGCUGUGGCGGCUGCAGACGUCGGAGCGCGUGGCGCGGCUGGGCGGCGCGGUGGCGGCGGCCGGCGACGCGCGCCGCUGCUCGCCCGCGCUGCGCCUGCAGCUGCGCGCCGCCGCCGCCCGCCUCGACGCGGAGGCGCGCGCGCUCGCCUCGCCCGCCCCCCACAACCACCACCUCGCCGACGGCGUCGAGCGCGCGCUCAAGGACCUCGCCGACAUCGUGCACAGUGCGAACAAAUAA